AUAUCCGAGACUACAUUUAACCUUUUGGAUGAGGACAAAGAUGGCCGCUUGACGCAAAAAGAGCUCGCAAAACUGCUGCGCUACACCGGAAGCCUCAAGUCGGAAGCAGAAAUGGAGGAGCUUUUAGCGCCGAUCGAUACAGAUCACAACGGGUCUAUAGACUUCGAAGAGUUCAAAAAGUUCAUCAUAGAGAAGGACAUCCUGAAGUCUCUGGCUGACGAAGUCUGUUAUGAGAUGAAGGACGCGUUCAACUUUUUCGACAAAGAUGGUAAUGGGUUCAUAGAUAAAGACGAGCUCAGAAAAGUCCUCACGCAAGUUGGCGACAAGAUGCCGGAAGAAGUUGCAGACGACUUUCUCCGCGAGGCUGAUCUGAAUGGGGACGGCAAAAUAGACUAUGCAGAAUUUUGUAAGCAUAUGGGCUACUAGUCGAACAUUCGAAAGUGACCAAGGUCCAGCGAUGAACAAUGUAUAAAUCAAUCUACAAGAUGCAGUGCCUCGCGGUUGAAUACUCCAAUCCGAAUGAAGAUUUCAAUUAGCAUGAUACAUGAAAUAGUAGUAUGAAACUUUCAGGCUGGCGAUUGUUCAGGCGGUUGAAAUCCUUCUAACCACCUGUGUAUUGGUUAAUUUUGAUGGAUCGAGCAGAGAGAGUGCCAUAACAGUUAUCAAGUUAUCAGGGUACACAUUGUCGCCGGGUGGUGAAAAGUCUACCGAGUGAGCUAACCGGGCCGUUUACACAUGUAAUUAGUCUGACAACAAACUGAUACUUUCUUUUCUAAUUUCACAAUUACUUCUUGAGAUGUUUUGCAUUACAAUAUCAAAGCUCAUUUUCUCUUCUGGCUGAAUUAUCAUUUUAAGCAGAUAAGAAAACGUAACUCUGUUUAGUAUUAAGUAAAGUACAAGAAGUAGGAGAUAGUUAUCUCUAUAAAAUGAUAAUGCAGGGCUGUAGACAGUCUAACAUGUAAUCAUCAACCUCGCUGAAGUCGAUAACGUGACUUUUUUUUGUUCAAGGGAGCCUACCCUACCAUGUUUUGACAAUGACUAACGAUUGCAGGAGUGCACUCCCUUGUUUUGGAUGUUAUAUGUAAUUAACUGUGGAAACAUAGUUUAUGUUUUGACUUUAGUGAUAUUUAGCAAUAAAAUACGUUUUCGAACAGCCCGCAUGACGUGUACUUCAUUUAUGGCUUUGUGAAGGUAUUGUACACGUGUUAUGUAUCUUUUAUUUUUAGCGUCCGAAUGUAGUAGUAUCACGAAACAUAAUUAUAUAUGAGCCGUGCUCUGUGAUAAAUGGGUUUAAAAGCAUGUGCGUACUGUGUCAUCCCAGGGAUUUUUUAUAAGAAGACACUUUCUUAAAACGAAAAAGCGGCAAGUGUCUUCACUGAUAGCCUGUGCGGACUGCACAUGCAUUAACCCCCUUUUCACAAAUCACGGACCAGAUCUUUUUAUGACACAGGGACGUGCACUUAGAAUUGUGUGAAUGUUGAAAUAUUAUAAAUUUGGCUUGUAUGGCUACCCAUAUAUACCUAAGGUUCUGUUUAUCGAGACCUUAAAUUGACGUUCAAAGUUAUUUUACUUCCACACUUACGAUAUCAUCUAUUCUCCAUAAGCAUAUAGCUUUGCAUGCUUUGUAAUUCUAUACACUUGGGGACUUUUCUUACUCAUCACUUUUCUAACUUUAAUAUCUCAGUUAUGAGUAAAGAUAUUGAUUAAAUUCUUUACAUACAAUCAUUUGACUACAUUCUAUGUAAGAUCACGAUAAAAUCAUUCAUAAGUGACGAUUGGACGCUUUAGCACGUGGGGUAGUUGUGAUUCCAUAUUUUUGCACGUGGAAAUGUUGAAAAGCGCUUUAAUUCUAGUUUUAUUUCAAUUUAAUUAUUUUAAGUAGUUUCUUACGCAAGGAAAACAUAAAAUUAAUUUACAAAACAAUAUAGCUCGUAUUAAUAUUCAGGAGCGCAAUCGCGCACUUUGCAUUUUACAGGAACAGAAAAGAACAGAACAGAUAAUUUAUUAAGACUUGCACAUAGGGCAUCGUCUUCAUAAUAUGUGUGUAUAAUAUACAAAGGGUCUUGUGUCAACAUGGUAAUGACAAUGUUAGCAGUACAUGUUUAAUCUUAUAUAUUCAAAUAAAUAAAUUUCAGUAACAAUAUACAUUUAUAAAGUAGUAAGAGAAGGGGAUGUAAUCUAAUAUAAUUACAAUAACUUAAUUUUCUAUAACAGUAUACAUUUAUAAAGAAACAAGCAGUGAGGAUGAACAAAUAUAAUUCUAUAACAGUAUACAUUUAUGAAGAAAUAAGCAAUGAAGAUGAACAAAAAGACUAUUGUGAUCCUUCGACAAUAUUAAAAAGAGUUUUUCGGAGAAACAUAGCUUCGUUGAUGUGUAAGGAAAGUUUGAUAAGAUCUUCUCUUUUAUACGAUUUUAUAAGUUGUAAAAAUUUAAAUACAGAUAGAUUUCUAUGAUAUUUCGCUUUGUUGUACUUUUUUCUUACUGUUGUGAAACUUGAACAAACAAGUACAAAAGUGUAUUCGUCUUCGAUGUCCCUUGUGUUACAGCAAAGGCAAUACCUUUCCUCUCGCGGGAUUCGAUUUCUACCGAACCUCCCGGUUAUCCUUAAAGGAUGUACCAGGAGUCUGAGUCGACUAAAAUAAAAUCGUAAGCUUCUAGAUAUAAUAUCUAAAUAUGUUUCGUAUUCAAAAUUUAGUUUAUAUUCCUUAUAUAGCAUCAAAACUGGACUUUGUAGCGACCUAAACCAUUCUUGUUUAAACAAUUAAUAACUCUAUUUUUGAAUUCACAUAAAAACGUUUUUUCAUUGAUGCAAGCGCAGUUUUCGAAAACAAAAGUAAAACCAUAAUCAUUCAAAAGUUUCUUUAUAUUUGUUACCCAGUUUUUAUGACCUUUCUUACAAUCUCACUCUAAGUGCAUCAUAACACACUGUGCGUAAAAUAAUGUUGUCACUAUUGACCACUUUAAACAAAUAUUUCAACAAUCGUACAUAUAUUUGAACAUACAGCGGAAAUCUACCAAGUUCACCGUAAACACCUGCUGUACAAGUAUUACUCAUAACCUGCAAUAUUCGUUUACAAAACUUAAGAUGAAUGCGCUCCAUUUCUUUUGACUUCGUAUAGCCCCAUAUUUCACAUGCAUAAUUGAUGAUAUGGGAGACAAAUGCGUCAAAUAAUUGACAUAGCGUUUAAGGCUUAAAAUCAAACAGUUGACAUUUUAAAAACAAUAACAGGUUUAAAGCUUUUAAGGAUAUAGUAAAAACACAUCCUAAAUAGUUAAAAUCAUUGACCACCUCGAUGGGAUGGCUAUUGCAGGUCCAAGUUUCCGAAGGAAGCAGUCCUCCACGUUUCCGAAACACAAUAAUCUUAGUUUUAGAAGAAUUAACUUGUAGGCCCCAUGUAUCACAGUAUGUGUACAAACAAUCUAGAUGGGCUUGUAUUUCUUCCGGAGAUUUACCUACAAUAGCCAUAUCAUCUGCAAAUAAUAAUAAAAUCAAAACAAUCUCAUCAAUAUGUAAGCCAGACUGUAUGUCACUUUGCAAAAAUAAUUCAAGGUCUUCAACGAAAAGAGAAAAUAGGAUAGGCGACAUUACCUGACCUUGACGUAAACCAACAGCGUAAUUGAAAUAGUCUGAAUAGUUACAGGCUACCUUUUCCACGUGCUAAAGCGUCCCAUCGUCACGGAUGAAUGAUUGUAUCGUUAGCUUGCACAUAUUGCAGUCAAAUGAUUACAUGUGCAAUUUUAAAUAAAAACAUUUACUCAUUACUGAGAUAUGUAAGUUUUAAAAGUGUUGCGUUAGAAAAAUCACCAAGUGUAGUAAAAUGCAUUAUACGUGUUAUUCCAAUUGAAUUUCAAUUUCAUAAUUCUAGGUAAGUUUUUACACAAGAAAAAUAUAACAAUAAUUAAAGAAAAACAAUAUGGGUUGUAUGAAUAUUCAAGAGCGAAACGGCUCAAUCGGCAUGUUGAAUGCCGGUCAGUUAUUAAGACGUGUAAGUUUAUGCGUUUUACUUUUCAGAUUGUUAUUAUGUAACGUUGUACGAGUUUGCGAAUUUGACUUUUGAAGUGACGUUUUAAAUUUGUUAAGUUUUAUAUUUUGUUGUUUUUCAAUUUCAAUGAAUUUUCAUGAAUUAUCAGAUAUGGGUUGAAUUAUUCUUGGUCCAAAUUUCAACACAAGCCGUUCAAAAAUAAGGGAUCUAUAUUGAUAUGAUUAAGUGCUGCGUUAGAAAAGUCUCCAAGUGUAUAAAGCACCAGUGGAUAACUGAAACUUAAAUUAAAAUUAUACGAAAAGUAAAUUAGGAAAAUAUGUGAAUAAUAAUUAAAAUAUAUGUUAUGUACAUGAAUCUAGAUUCUGAGCUAACUAGUUAGGGUUGCUGUAUGUAUGUUUUUAUUUAUUAAUUGCAUAUUCGACAUAUUUUAUCUAUAUGUGAUUGAUAUGAUUUAUGGUACACGCAUAUCAAAAUCGUUAAAGUUUUAAAUAAAGAUUUCUCAGA